AUGCCGUGCGCCGCCUGGAGAAGGCUGCGGACAGAGCCUGAAUGGGAGCAGGACAGAGCCCCUGCUGCAGGACCAGCUUCAAACCCGGCUGUUUCAGGUGCUCGCAGAGGCAGCCUUGCCGGGAGGGAUGCCCUCCCAGGGACACCGUCGAGGCAGCGGCUAAGCACUGCAGGCAGGCAGAGGUCCAGGCCGAGCCGCUUUCCUGCCCUGACCGCGCGCCUGCCUUGGCUGCCGUGUAUUCCCCUGCGUUUCAGCUCCAUUGGGAUGCUGGUUUUCCUUCUGCCGGGGAUGCUCCCUGUGCCUCCGGGAUGCGCCUGCCCGGCCCGGGGCAGGUGGCCUCGGCGGGAGCGCUAUGCCUCCGCCAGCACCAUGGACAGCGCCGGCAGCGGACUCGGUCCCGCCCGGCUCCCGCCCGGCCCCGCCGCUCCUUUGUUCCGCCGCCGCCGAGGCUCCGAGGAACAAAGGCUUCCGCCGGCGGGGGGGACCUGGCCUCUCCCCUCCCCGCCCCCUCCCGACGUCUCCUCCACCGGACUCGCGUCCCCGGUGCCCCGGCCGCGCAUGCACAUGCCCCCCGCGCCGGUUGCGCUGCCACCGCUGUCCGCCGCGCCUCCCUUCCCCGCACACCCGGCUCCGCGAUCGUAUGCCGCAGCCUUGCGCCUCUCCCUGCCGCCCGGCCCCGCGCACGGAGCCCGCGCCGCCGCUCCGCUGCCCCUCCGGUACCGCUCUGUGCCGCGUUCCCGCGCCGCUCCGCUCUGUCUUCUCCCGGUGCAGCUACCGCACGCCCCUCUCCGCGCAUCCACGCUUCCCCUCCGCACAUGGCUCUGCUGCAGUGCCCCCUCCUCCCCCCAAUCACCCCCCCCAGCGCACCAACGCCGCGUGUGGCUCUUCGGUGCGGCGGCACAGACGCUGCUCCGCUGCCCCCCGCGCGCCGCUCCACUGCCCCGGAGCCCGCAUUCCUCGGCUUCCAGAGAAGCCCCGCAAGAGGAGGAGCCAUUACCGAGCGGGCACUCCUAG